AUGUCUCACACAAACACCGGCGAAGGAACGUUGAGACUCUUGCCAGAGCUCAAGCUCUCGACGGCGUACCAAUUGCUGCGGCCGUAUUUCAUCCUCGAUGAGAUGUUCGAUGAGGUAACACCGUUGUUUCCAGGCGCGACGCCAGGGGCGACACAGUUUCUGCCCACGCGAGAACUCCAUCCACAUUUACUGAUGGAGAAGAGUAUGGUGGGCAUUCCGCCGGUGAAGCCCGGUGACUAUGUCUUCUGGCACUGCGACCUGGUGCACGAGGUGGACAAGUUCCACCCCGGAACACGCGAUUCGUCAGUCUGCUACAACGGCUGCGUGCCGCUCUGCCCAUACAACUUGGAGAGUCUCGUGGGUAUGCGGCAGAGUUUCCUCGAUGUCCUGCCGCCAAAAGACCACACCAAUUACCCUCACAAUGAGCUGGAGCGCGACCAUGCCGACCACGGUGCUCGGCGCGAGAACAUCCUGUCGCUUCCGGGGCUGCGCGCCAUGGGCCUGGCACCAUUCGAUGCGAAUGAGGAAGGGCUGACACUAGGACAGCGACGAAUGCGUCAACUGGCGAACGAGAGAUUAGGUUUCAGCAAAACUUCGGAGGGCCUCGCCGAGUGA